AUGAUCAAUCACAAGACGAAACUAAGAUUUCAUUAUGGUUUAACCGGGACCAGUAAUAUUCAAGGUGAAGAAGUGAAAAAAUUAGAUAUUCUUUCAAAUGAUUUAUUUAUUAAUAUGUUAAAAUCAUCUUAUUCAACUUGUCUACUAAUAUCAGAAGAGAAUAAUGAAGCUAUAGAAGUGGAAUUAGAUAAACAAGGAAAAUAUAUUGUUUGUUUUGAUCCAUUGGACGGCUCAUCAAAUAUUGAUUGUUUAGGUUCAAUUGGUUCAAUAUUUCUUAUAUUACGUUCACCAUCCUCAUCAUCAUCAAAUUAUGAAAAAGGUGUAAUAUCUUCUAAACUAGCAUUACAACCUGGUCGUCAAGCUGUUGCUGCUGGUUACGCUUUAUACGGUAGCGCUACCAUGUUAGUUUUAACUGUUGGAACUGGCGUACAUGGUUUUACAUUGGAUCCAGCAAUCGGUGAAUUCAUACUUACACAUCCGAAUAUUUCUGUUAAACCACGUGGAAAUAUUUAUUCAAUUAAUGAAGGUUAUGCAAGUCUUUGGGAUAAUGCAAUAACAGAAUAUAUUCAAAUGAAAAAAUUCCCUCAAUCCGGGAAACCUUAUAGUGCACGUUAUUGUGGAUCUAUGGUUGCUGAUGUUCAUCGUACAUUAUUGUAUGGCGGAAUUUUUCUUUAUCCAAGUACAAAACAAUCUCCAAAAGGAAAAUUAAGAUUGUUGUACGAAUGUAAUCCAAUGGCAUUUAUCAUUGAACAAGCUGGUGGUCUAGCAACCAAUGGUAAAAUACCAAUUUUAGACAUUCAACCAACCAGUAUACAUGAUCGUGCUCCAAUAUUCCUUGGCAGUAAAGAAGAUGUCACUGAAUUGAUGCAUAUUAUUGAGAAAUACUCUCAACAUGAACAAUAACUGCUGUGUUCAUUUUAAAGUAUCAUUCUUAUUAUCCAAACAGUGAUUUAGUGAUGUUCAAUUUUCAAUGAAUUUUUGUUUAUUUUCAUUCCAUCCCAGUGAAUAAUUUUUUUUUAGUUCUGGAUUGUCUAUACUGCAGUUUUCAAAAAUUUUUAAUUCUAAUCUUGCUGCUAUUCUACAUUUAGUUUUAUUCUGCUGAUCUUGUUUGUUAGUUCAUGGUUUAUGUGAAUUGAUUUAUUGUUUUUUUAUAUUUGUUCGUAUGUGUGCAUGUGCGCGAAUUUCAAAUUAAACUUCGUGCAAAAUAAAGAACGUACCUUCUUUGUUAGUUCAA